AUGAUGCUCUUUAAUUGUUUGAAGAAGCCACGCUGUUCAGAAUUACGGGCCAAGAACAAGAAGGAGCUGCUUACUCAGCUCGAGGAGUUGAAGAAGGAGCUUAUGAGUGCUCGAGUAGCACGACACAACUCCUCUGAUCCUUUGAAAUUGCGUGUGCUCCGUAAAUCUAUCGCACGUAUUCACAUUAUCAUCAACCAGAAGCAAAAGGAAAAUUUGCGUUUGUUGUACACCAACAAAAAAUGGAAGCCUUUGGACCUGAGACCCAAGAAGACUAGAGCCAUCCGUCGUCGUCUGACUACCCACCAGGAAAACGCUAAAACUCUGAAGGAAGCCAGGAAAUUAUCCAAGUGGCCACAACGGAAAUUCGCCGUCAAGGCUUAA